AUGGGCUAUAAGGCAUGCAGGUGUUUGAUUGAGGCUCUGGCAUUCCACAAACAGGAAGAGUUUGUUGCCACUUGGGUAAAGGUCACGGCGAUCUUGUACCUCAUUGUUUGUGUCAUGGGUCUUGCUGGGAACAUUUUGGUCAUCACUGCCAUUUUGAAACUCGACAAACUAUCUUCCUCGACAACGGUGUAUAUUUUCAACUUGGCUCUAGCUGACGGACUUUUCAUGAUUGGUCUACCAUUCAUCGCAAGCCAAAAUUUCCAAAAUGCAUGGAUGUUUGGGGAUAUGGCUUGCAAAGUUGUCAUGGUACUAGAUGGAAUCAACCAAUUUACAAGCGUCUUCUGUCUUACCAUGAUGAGUGUCGAUCGGUAUUUGGCACUGUUGAAUCCGCUGCGGUUCGCUAGCUGGAGGACUCCGCGUUUUGCCAAGAUUGUGUCAUCGAUCUUGUGGUUCUUCUCGCUUCUCACCAUUCUUCCAAUGGCGCUGCAUUUCACUGCUGAACAAGGAUUGUGCAUGCCGGAACUAGCUUCAGAUGCGUGGUGGCUAGGCGUCCUUUCAUAUACAUUCGUGAUAGGAUUCGCUUUGCCAUUCACGGUCAUGACGGCUUCCUACACAGCUCUGAUUUGUACCUUUAGAUCGCAGCGUCUCCGUGCACUUUCACCGAAUCAGGAAAGCCAACGGUUGGAGCGACAAGUUACGAAAAUGGUGGUCGGUGUAGUGGUUGUUUUCGGGAUUUGCUGGUUGCCAUUUUACACAUUUAAUUUCUGCUCACUGUAUCAUGUUGGACUGGUUCAAAAUUUCGCAAGAGCAUUCGAAUUGGUGGUACUUUUGUCGUAUUCCUGGAGCUGCGCCAACCCCAUCCUCUAUGCGUGCCUCUCCGACACAUUCCGACAUCACUUCCGAGUGCUCCUCUGCCCAGCUCAUAAGUCGGCUCCCACAAUGCAGUGCAGCACAGAACAUUAUGAUCUGAAUGACACUCGCCUACCGGAUAUUACCAUUCUCGCAUAG